AUGGGAUGCGGGCAAAGCGGCCAGAGCACUGCGAAGGAAAACAAGGGCAGCGGCGGCCAAGCCCAUGACAAACAACAAGCCAAGGAGGAGAACAAACAAUACCAGGCCACGAUGUCCUUCCUCUCGCAAGUUCCACUCUUCAAUAGGCUUCCUAAGGAUCAACACCCAAUCCUGGCUGCGGCCUGUGUGAAUCAAGGUUUUCGGUCAGGGCAGACGAUCAUCACCCAAGGCGAUGUCGGCAGGGAAUUUUUCAUCAUCCAAAGCGGAGAGGCGGAAGUCUUGGUGACGGAUGGAGGUAGCCAGAAGAAGGUGGCCAGCCUGAAACAGGGCGACUACUUCGGAGAGAACGCCUUGUUGCGCAACGAGCCGCGCUCGGCCACCAUUAAGGCCAUCACGGAGAUCAAGACCUUGAAGAUCACCCAGGAGAAGUUCAAGGAGCUGGGCUUGAACGAAAAAAUCCAGUUCGCCAACCGCAAGGCCGUCGGCGGCGGCGGCAAGCGAGAACUGGUGGUGAAGCCACCUUCGAAGAAGACCAAUGAAGAACGGCAGCUCAUGGAACGGGCGCUUAAGAAGAACGAGAACAUACAGACCAUGGUGAAGUUGGACGAAAUCAGAGUGAAGCAGAUCAUCGACAUUGCGUGGAAGGAAGAAGUUCCUAGCGGUCAUGAAAUUAUUGCAGAGGGUGACCUCAUUGCGGACUACUUCUACAUUUGCCAAUCUGGGACCUUUGAAAUCUUUGUGACUGACUCCAAGAAAGCGGACAAGCCUCGCAAGCUGGUGCAGACCGUCACGGCCGGCGGAAGCUUCGGGGAGUUGGCGCUGUUGUACCUGGUGCCCCGCGCAGCCACGGUGGUGGCCAAAGAGAAGAGUUCCGUGUGGGUCAUCGACCGGAAGAACUUCAAGGAAAUCUUGAUGAAAGUGUCCGAGGAAAAGAUCCAAGAGUACGUGAAGUAUCUCAACAGGGUCGAGAUCCUCAGCAGUUUGCUAGCUGCGGAGAAGCAACAAGUGGCAAGGGCGCUCAUGGAGGUUCAUUUUUCCAAGAAUGAGGUGAUUAUCCAACAGGGCAAUCCCGGGACCACUUUCUACAUCCUCUUUGAGGGUGAAGUGGCUGUGUCUAUCGACGGUGAUGAGAAGGUCCGAUUGCAGGCGAGCCAGGACCGCAGCACGGCGCAGUACUUUGGUGAGCGCGCGCUGCUGAACAACGAGCCGCGCGCCGCCACCGUGAAGGUCACCUCGAAGGAUGCCAAAGCGUUGGCUUUGGAUAAGGAGGCCUUCGACCUUUUGCUGGGACCCUUGGAGGAUAUCUUGGCGCGAAAGGACGCUGGUGCCAGCGGCAAAGGUCCGGUGGCACCGCCUGCGGGGGCAGUGCAUGGAGGACGCGAUCCUCAUAAGCCGAAGAUCCUAAUGAGUGAUCUCUCCAAAAUCGGCUUGUUGGGCGCGGGUGGUUUCGGUGCGGUGGAGCUGUGGGAGCACAAGAGCAGCGGGGAAACCUACGCCAUGAAGUGCAUCAGUAAAGGCUUCAUUCUGAAGACCGGAAUGCAGGACAGCGUGACUACAGAGAAGAAUAUUCUGUUUAUGACCAACUCGAGUUUCAUCAUCAGGCUCUAUGAGACCUACAACAGCAAGCAAUCCAUCUAUUUCUUGAUGGAACCAGCGCUUGGGGGAGAGCUGUACUCCAUGUACCAGAAGAAAGGUUUCUACGGCAGCGAGAAGCAUGCCAAGUUCUACUCCGCCGGGGUGGUUUGCGCUUUCGAGCACCUCCACGAACGGCACAUCAUCUAUCGAGAUCUGAAACCGGAGAACUUGCUGCUGAAUGAGAAGGGGCACCUGAAGGUGACGGACAUGGGUCUAGCAAAGUUUGUGAUUGGCAAGACCUACACCACUUGUGGCACGCCCGACUACUUCGCACCGGAGGUGAUUGCCUCCACAGGCCACACCCACGCAGUGGAUUGGUGGAUGCUGGGGGUGCUCAUCUUCGAGUUCAUGACGGGCUCGGCGCCUUUUGAGGCACCGUACCCCAUGCAGAUCUAUGCCAAGGUGUUGAAAGGCAUCAAUGCCGUGAAGUUCCCUCCGCAGUUGUCACCCGCCUGCGUAGAUAUCGUCAAGGCGAUUUGCCAAAAGGAGCCGGCAGAUCGACUUCCCAUGCUCUCAGGCGGAGUUCGAAAUCUCAAAUCACAUCAGUGGUACAAGAGCUUUAGCUGGGACAAGUUCCAAGACUUCACACUUGAAGCCCCCUUCCUACCGAAGGUCAAAAGCCGGAAGGACUUGAACAACUUCACCGUACAUCCCGAUGAGAUGCCACAGUUCAUCGAAUAUGUGGAUGAUGGUAGCGGUUGGGACAAGGACACUUCGACAGCUGAUGGAUUACGCCAAGCGGGCCAAAAGGGCGAGAGCUUGGAGAGGAUAUUUGAGAGAGAGUGGUGUGCUGCAGUGGGCACCAAACUUGUAUCUCUGAUUACAAGACCGAACUGCAAAGUGCACAAGCAGCACCCCUGCCGGAGAUUUCAAGAAGCACCGGCACGCCCUUCCCGCCAGUGGAAGGCGUACAACCGGGAGCAGAAUCCCAGCCAUCAAGAAGCCAUGCAAGAGUAUUGGGAGCUGAUGAUGGGAGACGUGCCUUUCGAGGCUCGUUCCAAACGAUGGUCCGAUGACCUGGGCUUUCAGGGCUCCAACCCUUGGAACGACUUCCGUGGAGGAGGCCUCCUGUCCUUGCGCUGCUUGCUGUACCUGGCGGGAAAGUACAACUCAAAGGCUCGACUUUUGAUGGAGGAGGCCAAGUAUCCUUCACGUGUAGGGCCCUCAGGGAGCUGCGGCGUUUUGUGUGUGCAAGAUGUGUCCCUGGAAACGAUGCUUCGAGCUUACCACAUUGUGGUAAGCGUCAUCUUGUCAGGUGCACCUGCGCCUUCACGCACGACCUAUGCUGGGCCCAGUCUUUUGGCCCUGAACUGCGGAUUUGGGGAGCUGUUUGGACCAAAGUCAACCACUUUUGGAGCGUCUCCUGGGGAGAUGGAGUUGCCUGAGGUUCGAACGCUGCCUGCAGCACAUCCAUUGGUGACUUGGAUGUCACCAUAUGUCACCAUGUUGCCAUGGACGACUCCCAUCAUCUUGGCUGAGUUGGUGAAGGAAGAUCCUGUGGAGGUUUUUGCAAGUUACUGGCUGGCAGCGGUAUGCAAGUUGCACAAGGAGUGGCGUGAGCUUUGUGCGCGAGACCCCGACGCAAAUUUGUCGUGUUCCUUCAACCGAGUCUAUGAGUAUGUGGGUGUAGCCGUGGAGAGCGCGCUAGCGACCACGAGUCAAGAUCGUCUCAAGGUGUUGGCAGAAGUCAACGCCAGGUCCAAAGUCUUGGUCGGAAUGGUGAAGAUGGAACGUUUCUUCUUAUGUCUCGGUUAUCGGCCAGGGUCAGUCACAGACGAGCUUGAAGAGGACAAACACAUCUCAGGUUUCUCGACAGAAAGUCCCACAGAGGAUGUUUCGAUGGCCGUGCCUGAGCUCAUUCAUUCUGCAGAGGUCUACCAGCUAUACCGCGGUGCAUGUGGCAAAGAGGGCGACCUUAUCGCUGAGCGAUGUCGCCUGUGGGUGGAUUUUCCGAAUUUGCGCAUUGCCAUCGCUGAGUAUGACCAGCCUGCCUCGCCUCGGAAUUGCAUUCCGCUGCUGGACAUCUCGUGGUGUCACUGUGAAGAUGCCGCCGAACCAGACGCUGAGGAGCCCGUAUAUCGGCUGGAUGUGUACAGUUUGCCUUCUGGGAGUUGUGGCCAACAGCGUCCCUCUCCCGGGCAGACACCACGAAUUCGUGUUUCCGGGUCGUCGUCCUCUUUGAGAGACUUUGGCCUAGCGCUACAAAAGCUGCUGAAGUCUCGUGAUGAAGAGGGCCGCGGCCGAUUGUAUUUCAUUCAGAAGCAGCUCUUUCAAUAUCUCUGGAGGUCCGUGCAGCUCUCUGUCAGCGAGGAUCGCUUGGUCGAAGCCCAGGCGGUUUUAGCCUUCAAUUUAAAUCCAAAGGAUGGUAUUGCCUAUGUGAAACGAAAGCUACAUAAAAGCACCGAAGAUGAAAUUGGUGAAUGGCUUUCACAAGUUUGCACCGAGAAGGGAGGCCUUGAUCCAACCAUGCUAGGAGACUACUUCAGUCGACGAGACACCCUGCCGAUCUUUUGGAGUUUCGUUCGACGGAUCGAAUUCUCCAAGAUGGACAUCGUGGGCGCCUUGCGCCAGCUCUUUGAUACCUUCAAACCCGGCGGCGAGGGACAGGUGAUCACCAGGAUCUUGGAGCAUUUUGCCGAAUCCUAUUUUCAGCAGUGGCAAGCCGACCCAUCGGCAGUGGAGCCGACGACGGCGUACAAGAACGCAGACACCGUUUUCCAGGUGCCUCAUCAUGUUGAACACCGGUCUUCACGUGGCAGCCAAGAAAUUGGGCAACAAAGCAAAGGGCGCCAGCAUGAGCCUGGAAGAAUAUAUUGCCAACACCAGGCGAUUGGUUUCAGCGGAAGAGGUCCCAGAUGA